AUAUGGUGAGGAAAUGAAUGAUCAGUCUUAGAAGCAGGCACAAGGUCCAUGCAGGUGCAAGUUCACACUUGAUGAUUUGAACAUUCAAGCAUCACAAAAAUCAUAAAAUGACAGAAGGUUUGUUGCAAAAACGGCCAUUCCACGCUGAAGUUCUAGAGAUGCAAUUCCCUCAGGAUUCUGACAUAAUUGCAUGGGAUAAACACUUAUCUUUUAUGUAUUUUUCAUGAGUGUUGGUUCUGGGAAGGAAGUCGGCAAAUGUUGGUUUUGGGAGUGGUUUACUAUGCAUUUCAAAGACAGAACAAUUGAUUAGCCAGUAAGUCAAUUAAGUACAAACACGAAGGAUGUACUAAGGACCACUUUUUAGAAGUAACUACCAGGGAUUGAUGUAUUAGAAAGUUGGUUAAUUGAUGUCUAGAGAUAGAUGCUCAUCACAUAUAAAUUAUCAAACCAUAUGCUUAAUUGACCCUUCUUGCUUAACUGCUAGAAAAACAGUAAAGACACUAACCCUUCGGGGUGGCCCAGUGGUUUGAGCUUGAAACUUCCAUGUUGGAGAUCUCAAGUUCGAAACCCCUUGCCAGCAAAAGCAAGGGGUUUCCCUUCUGGGUCGAGCUCGUUGCACCAGGCUUGCCUAAUGCGGGUUACCUCUCCUAUGAGGCUUGCGAGCUAUUGCAUAGGAGCGGGGUUUUACCCUGUGCGCACCCAAAGGGUAGCGGCUGCAGGUUUCCCUUGUCGUAAAAAAACAAUAAAGACACCUAAAAAAUAGGUCGCAAAAAAGAGACCUCAUGAUGUCGUUUUACCCCUCAAAAAAUUUUAAAAGAAAGAGACUUCAUGAGUUGGUUAAAUGAUAAUAUAACAAAGGUUGGCGACCUCAUGAGGUUGAUUUUAUUGGUCAAACAAAAAUUCUAAAAUAGUGACCUCACUAGGUGUCUCUAUUUUAAUAAAAAUACAAACUCAACUCUCAUUUGUGUAAAACAGUUGUCAACCCCAUUCUCACUCUCAAAACCCUCAUUCUCACAACCGAUUGUCAGCCCCCACUGGAAGUCUCCCCCACCCCCAAGCACCUCUGUCAUUGCAGCCCACAGCACCUCCACCGGCAAUGCCCCUUAAAUCUGUCCAGGUAAAUGAAUGCAUUCUUCAAAGCUAUGAAUUCUAUGUGAUUUGUCUUCUUUUAGGAUUUAGGUGAGUUUUGCAAGUUAUCCAUUUUGCUUAAUUUUAUUCUUUGUUGUUGAAAUUGGGAAGUGAAAAAAUAUCAGGAAUGAAGAAAGAGGGAGACUCAAUUAUCUUCCUCAUUUUGUCUCUUGUUUGAUUGAGAAAUCUGUACUAAGUUUCCCUGAAAAGAGAUUCCAAUUUCCAAAAAUUGAACCAUACAAGAUUUGCAUACAGGUCACUCUCGAUUUUUUUUCCUUUUCUCUCAAAGGAGAAGAAUGAAGGAAACAAAUUUCACUCAUUCCAAAUUUAAAUACCUUCAAUGGUCAAUUGGAGAAAAUGGUCAAAAUGUUGAAUUAUUACUUAAUUUAGUGUUUACCAAAUUUAAAUUUUUGUGAUCUUUGUGUAGAUCGAUCGUAGUUGGAUGUAUGAAAGGACUAAUUUUGGUCGAAUGGGAAUGAAGCCUGAAUUUGUAGAAGGUGUUGAUGGUUUUGUGGACUAUGCAAUGACACUAGAAACUUUUCAACUUAGUAGCUUGGUCAAGUGUCCUUGUAAGAAAUGUAAAUGUAUGAAUUAUGAAAAACCAGAGAUUGUUAAGUUUCAUCUCUAUCGAAAUGGGUUUAAAGAAGACUAUACAGUGUGGACUAGUCAUGGAGAAAUCGAUAAUAGUUUUGAUAGAUUUCAACACUAUGUUGUUGGUGAAAGUAGUAAGGUAGUGAAACCUAAUGUCCAAAAUUAUAGAAUGCACUACAUGGUUAAGGAUGCGUACGGGAUGCAUUCUGAUUUUCAAUUUCGCGACCAUGUUGAAGAAGCUCCCAAUGAUGAAUCUGGAAUUUUCUUUGAAAAAUUGGAAGUUGCUAGUCGGCCUUUAUAUGAGGGGAGUCCACAUCGGGAGAUCGAUUCGAGGUUCAAGCAGAUAAACGAGGUUGGCAAGAAGGUCCAAGCAACUACUAAGGGUGGCUCUCUACACCCAAUUGGGGUUCAGAGCCAAGGGAAUGUGAAGAGGAAAUUGGAAAAGAAACUGGGGAGGCCGGUAACUCAGGCAAAGGCAUUGAAGACUACACGUAAAAGGAAGAAGAAAAACCCCGGAGAUCCAGACGUUUGGGUUCCUCAACUGACCUACAAUCACUACAUGCAAUCCUUUGAGGAUUACCGUCAGAUUCAACUAGAUGAUAGAAGAGGCAUGCCACUGAGCCAAGAGAAAACUGAGAGAAUGUGGCUAGACUCGGUUGGUGGGCAUUCUUAUGACAUACCCCAGCAACCCUUUCAUGAAUUUCAUUCGGAGGUAGAAGGCCCAGGUAGUCCAGGAUGCUUGGUCAAGGGAGAAGAUUUUGGAACAGAAGAUAGCUAAGGUAUGUAGCCAACUCAAAGUCUCGCGGGCUAGGGAAAGGCAGAGGGACAUAGAGCACGCAGGGCUAAAGGCCCAAUUAGAUGCACUACUUGCUUUGGUUGCUUCGGGGUGGAUUCCCCCUUGUCGCAGUGAUGUAGUUUGCCCUCCUCGUCUUUCCCAGUCUCGACUAAUCCAACAUCAAGUAUAUGGUCAGUACAGAGGUUUGACCGAUGAGCACAGCAGUGAUCAGGAUCAUGUGGCAAACAUACCUCCUCAUUAUUGAAUUUUAGAGUUGUAUUAGAUAAUCUAAACUAUGUACUUUAUGGUGGUGUUUAAGACUUAUUAUGUGUUUUCUGAAUGAAUGAGAACAUUGAAGUAGUUUGAAAUCUAGUACAGCUUACGACUUC